CUGAUACUGUUAAAUAUAGCAGUAAAUAAAUAUAGGAAGUCAAACGUGUUUCACCAAUUUCUUUGUUUAUGUGCCGGCUCGGUCAGAUAAAAUAAAAUUGUGAAAAUGUCGUUGUGCAUAAAAAAGAGAAAAUUUUAUCAAAAGGAAACCAUAUACAACGUAACAAUUUGUUAAUAAUUAAAGCAGCAGCUGCUGUCAAUUCAAUAAAUUAUAAAGACGUCAUUGCGGAAGCAUUCUGGAUCUCCGCUUAUACGCGGAAAGUUUCUGUUUCGAGUGCUAAAAAUAAACGUAACCACCUACGCAUAAAAAUAUCAACGUGCGACAGCGCGGUAAAUCGUCAACAAUCACAGCAACAACAAACAGAAACUGAAGCUACUUUUGAGUUCUUCAGCACACAGCCGUGGACCAUUGCAUAAAUUGGCUGGCACAAGGGAAGCGAUGCAAAAAUGAAAAUACAUAAGCAUAUUAAAGACAACGAGCAACGGCACAGGAAUUUCUAAUCGUUGAAUGAAAGGCCUUGACGUUAGGACGCUUACGCCAAAAUGUCGGACUUUGUUCCUUGCGACAUAUUGCCCGAUCUAUGGGAGGAGAUACUGCGGCGGCACUGGACGUUUCUGGAGACGGAGGAGAGCAUUCAAAAGCUGGAGGAGCGCAAGAAGCUAGAAGGCUGUCUGAAAGAGUUCCUCUGCGUUGUGCCCCAUGAUCGAAAGUUCUUCCUGCCCGAGACGGGGCAUGUGUUGCGCAAAUCAGUACGCGAGAUGGAUGAUUUUACGGCACAGAAGGCCAUUGUUGGUUUUGAAACUAUCAGUCAAUAUGCCAACAAUUUGUUCACCAAACCCUGGCGCAAAGAAUUUCGUGUGCUCAAGACCUACUCUGGCACGUUUCAGCAUGAGGUUAAGUCGAAUCUGUUGGAUGCGGAUAAACUUUUUAUUGCCAUGGGCUAUCGACGCACUGCAGAGGAUACCUUUGUGCUGGACGGACCCAUUUGCCCCGAUCAGGUGACGAACGUUUCCCGUGAUGCGAUGGCCGCCUACGUGGAAUGUCAGAUCAUGAAGCACAUUUAUGCGGGUCUUGCGGCGGCUGGUUUCACUUGCUCUUGGCUGGACAUUUUCCUCUAUCGUGAGCGACACGUUGGCGGCACCACACAAUCCAUCAAGGAGCUGGGCUACAAACUGCACGAAAAGCGCCUGCGCCAGGAAAAGCCUCUGAACACGGAGAACACUUACAGCAAUGUGGCCACUCUACCAGCUAGCAUCAAUCGUUGUGAUAGAUGCGCGCCCUAUCAUCAGCAGUUGUCGAAAAGUGUGCCCUCUGCUGCAACGGGGACAGCGGCAUCGACAACGCCUUGUGCGUUGCAUGGCAAUGCCAAUAUGAAUAGUUCCAGUGUUAACCCGUGCGCUCUGCAUCCCAAUGGCCCGCCACCAAAUCUCAUGUGCAAUGACCCUGCCAAGUUCCUACCGCCUUAUUCCAACCAGCCCCAUACCCAGCAUUCGCACCAGCAGCAGCCGAUGACACACUCUCGCAGUCUGGAGCACUACAACGAGCCACACGCACCGCCUGCGCAUCGCCACUCCUUGGACCAUCAACAACAUGGCUGUUUGGGCGGGCAUCAUGCGCCACUGCAUCCGCAUCUAUAUGAGACGCCAUACGAUUGCCUGGACGACAUUAGCAUGGGCAGCAGUGCCUCCUAUGCUGCUGUGGCAGGAACAGCCGUCGGCGGUGGCUACAACAACGCCUAUGCACAUCCUUACAAUGCUCCCGGGAAUCGUUAUCCGCUACCCUUUAACAUCUCCAAUCAACUGAACGCACAAUAUGCCAUACCCGCCGAUGGCUUUGCCAAUGUUGAGCAAAACGUUUAUGCAACAAUUGGCAAACCUACAGCACACACCUGCAACUAUCAUGGAAUGCAGUCGGUGCGCCCUGGGGCCGCUGUUCCUGAUGCUGCCGCUGUCAUGCAGUACAGACAGAGCGCGUAUCCGCCAGAUCACCAUCUAAUUGAUUUUGAUGAUCGCGCCCAGUUGACGAAGAACGACUUUGCAGCGCACGAGUAUGACUAUCAGCGGGACAGGAUGUACGCACCCGCACAGCCUCGGGAGUUGCCCUAUGGGUACGAUGUGCCUGCCAAUCUUCCCGCCACCCUGCCGCAACCGCCUCAGCAGGACUCGUACAUCUAUGCACGGCCCGUCCCCAAGAGCAGUCGCAUGCGUGCAUUGGCCGAGGCGGGAGGCACCGGCAACCUGACUGAAAAAUAUGCUAGGAAUUUGGAGCCAAUGCUGGACUCCGGGGACAAUAAUCGCAAAAUGCACAAGGAAUUGAAAGAACGUACAUAUUCUACGGCGCCAUUGGAGGGACGUGGUCGACGUCAAGUGCCGAUAGUGAACAUCGGACGUGAUAGUUCCGAUGUUACCAGCUAUGAGUCGGCCAGCUUGGAUGAUUUUGUGGCGUUGCCCAAAGUUAAAGAGGGCGUGGGAAGCUUCGAGUCGUGGAACUAUGUGUUUAAGAAUCUCGAGCGUUCCGGUUACUCCAAAGACUUAGGUGAUCGUGAGGACUUGCUUGUGCAGAGCUUGGAUCUGGACUCGUUGACGCUGGCGAAUGGCAUGGGAAAUAAUGCAGACAAGCGGCGCUCCUCACACUUGGAUGGCAAGUCGGGGCGCACCACACAGCACAAUGGCGAAAAGUCGCGUACGCUGGAGAAGCCGAGCAGCAAACGUGAUCCAAAACCGGCACCCGAACCCACAAAGAUGGCAAAAGUAUCUACACCUUCCGCAGCAACAACAACAAUAGCCGUAGCAGGAGGCAACAUCACCAGCACCAACAACACUACGGGUACUGUUAAAAAAGUUAAAUCCGCUUUAAAAAAUGCGACUGUAGACAAUAGACCGGGCACGCAGGCCGGACGGAGCCGCGGAAGUAGUAACAAUCCUACCUCCAAGCACCCGCCGCCCGUUUCCACGCAGCUUAUUGUGACAAGCCCCAACGAGUGGAGUUGUCGUUUCUGCACGUUCCUUAAUCCCGAUACAAAGCGCAUUUGCGAGAUGUGCUGUCGCAGCAAGGAUUUCAAUUUGGAGGCGGCGGCCAGCGUUUCACACGCAUCCUCCACGUGUGUGUAGUCAAGAUUGCGCUCACCUGUUGUUAUUGAAGAUCUACAAGAACAAACAUGUACACAUAUACCUUUUUACUUGUAUGUGAGUGUAUGUAUGUAAAUGAAGGAAUGAAUGAAACUUUGGCGAACUGUACCAUUCACCUGCAAGUGAUAUAAGCAGUAUAGAGUUGGAUAUAUUUUUAUACGAUGCUGCAACAGUGCAUGUCUAUAAGGUCUAGUCGCAUAGCGUAAAAACAACACCAAUACCAACACCAACACCACACAGACACUACCAUACAAUACAAUUCAGAAUUGAAAACCUUAGCUUAGCUUUUGUUACGUAAACCAAUGCUAUAUGGGUUUGGCCUAUUUGUAAAUAUGUAUUUUAUUUAGUGGCUUCUGUUAAUAGUAAACAUACAGACACACACACACACACACACACACACACAAACACCUGUAUACACAUGCUUUAAUUAGAUUUAGAUUGUUUCAAUGCUGUAUAUCGUUACUCCGAUUUCAUCGGUCUGUUUCAAGUUAUGUGCCUCCCUGUAAAUCGUAUGUUUAAAUUUAGUAUUUAAUUUAGUUUUUUCGUGUUGUGUGAAAGAUGCAUUGAGAGCGAGCAGCAAGCACAAGACAGAGUGUGCAAAAUUCUGGAUUGUUGAGGCAACCAUCAAACAGCUGAUAAUUAUUAUAUAUACCUUUAAAAAACGUAGCUAAAAGUACAUUGUGAAAUAAUAUAAAUAUAUUUAUUACGCGCGUAUAUAUUUUAUAUUACAUAGUUUUAAAUAGUAAGAAAAAGUACCGAUCUUUUCAUAUAUGCAUUAUACAGCGUACGUUAUAACCAUAAGCAUGACUAUUUCAACUUGUCAAACCAAACAGAAAGAAAAACAAUGCUGUAGGUAUACCUUACCAUGAGAUAUACCAUAGAUACGAACAAUCGAGCUCAAUAUUUUUUAAAUUUCAAUAUACCUAUUUACGAGUAAGAUAUGAAAAAAUAAUACGGGUUGUUUACUUACAAUUUCGAAUAUAUUUCUAUCAAAAGUAAUCAAUAAUUAUAAGCAGUUGAAUAUGCUUUACAGACAUUGAAACAAAGAGAACCAUUUUAAAAUGCCCCAACCCCCAGAAUUUUUUUAAUUAAUGUUAUCAAGUAGAGUUCAAGAACCAUCCCAAAACUGCACCACAGCGCAUCCUUAGUUGUUAUCGCAAAACGUGAAGAGUAUAGAGCAUGAUUUUUAUUGGUUUUGCCACAAUCGAAAAGUGCACCCAACCUAGCCAUGCCCAACGCCCAUGCUCUGCCGCACCUACAGCAUCCAAAUGGAUCUGUUUGUAGAUUGUUAAAUAAAUUGUUAGUGAGUAACAAAAAUGCUUCGCCUUAAAGUCGCAUGUGAGAAGCAAAUAUUUUUAUAAAUGAUAAUAAACAAUAAAUCAGGUACCUUUUUUGUUUGUAUCUUGAUUGUGAAAAGGAUACAUACAUACCUAUCUAUUGAUAUUUAUUUAUUUGUUGAUAUAUUUUGGGCCCCCAAAAUGCCUUUGUACAUAGAAAAUCUUAAAUUGUAAUCAGUUCAAAAUAUAAAUUACAAUAACAAUCAACAAAAGUCAUUGAAAAAACGUUUACAGCAUUUUACAUGUUUAUAAAUAACAACAAAACGAGAAUUUCUUAAAAUUGUAUCGCAUACUACUAAAAAUGAAUUUAUAGACAAGAUCUUCCUAAAAUUCCCAAUAUAAAAUUCAAAUUAGCUAAACAAUAAAAAAAAACGUAAAUAAAUUUUGUAAAACGA